UAAGUAACUUAUCAUGGUGAAUAUAAAAAUGGCAACAAAGUUGGUAGAUGGAAUACUUUUUGGAAUUCAAGAAUGUAUGUGUAGAAUUAUUUAUAAAAUUGUUUAUAGUAAUACUUGGUGCUGUUAUGAUGGUAGAGAGAUUACUCAUGGUGCUUCCAAAAAAAUGUAUAAUUAAAUUUUGUAAUUAUUUUUAUAGAGGAGGUGGAUGUUAUGAUGAUCAAGGGGAUGGAAUUAAGAUUAGGAAAUGGAUUGAUUUGGAUGACGAAUUUGAUAAAUUGAAAUCAAUAAUAUAUUCUGGUGAAUAUAAAAAUGGCAAAAAGGUAGGGAUAUGGGAGAUUUUAUACUUCGAUGAUUAUAAGAAAAAUCCUUAAUUAUUGUAAUAAAUAUGAUAAUAGAAUUUUAAUAGUGGUGGCGGAUCUUAUGAUGAAAAUGGUAACGGCUUUAAAAUUGGAAAGUGGAUUGAUUGGAUUGAAUUUGGAAAAAAUUAUGAAGGAUUUAUAACUUAUCAUGGUAACUAUAAAAAUGGGAAAAAAGUUGGAACAUGGAAUGUAUUUAAUGAAUUUGGGUUAGUAGAUAUAAUUUAAUAUUAAAAUUGA